CUGUGAGAAAGAUAAUAUUUUAGAUUGUGUUGAUAUGUGCCUUAGAAAGCACAUGAACAUAGUAUAGAUUGUUAAAAGUUUUCUAAAAUUUCUGUUGUUUGUAUAAUAAUUAAACGCAUUUUAUUUUUAUAUGUAGCGAAAUCGUCUUGAAAAAUCUAGUCUGGUAUACGAUAGUUAUAUUUUAUUACAAAGUAUGGAUGGUGAUGCAAGGAAUGCAUUUGAGAGGUUUAUGCACAAGGUAUUUAAUCUGAUUGAUGGUCCAUGUACAUGGUUCAGAGAAACUAUUGUUUUGCCGAAUCAGAAGCAAUAUCCGUAUUACCAUAGGAAGUAUCAAAGAGUACCUACAAUUGAUGAAUGCUAUGAGGGAGAUGUCCUUUGCAUGUAUGAAGCUCAAAUACAAUUCAAACGUGACAAGGCUGUUGAUGGUCAAAUAGUAGCCCUUUUAGGGCGAAGAAAACUUGAUUGCAUAAAAUAUGAAGGUUAUGAGGCUGAGGAGAGAUGCAAAAAAAUAGUUGAUGACCAUAAAGAAGCUUUGCUGAACUAUUUUAUUAAAUAUGGUGAUCUUGGAGCUUAUGCUCAUGUGAAAAGUUGUUACAUGAAACAGAAGCAUAGAAUGGUGUAUGAACGUAGGAAAGCAGCUGGAACAUGGAAUCCUGAAAUCAAAUAAAUUGUACCUUUUAGUGUAGAAUUCUAUGAAUUUUGCUGAAAAUUAAUAACAUUGUUUUGCUUUCAGCUAUGAGCUUUAGAAUAAAAUUGUACAUUAAACUUUUGUUCUCUAA